GAGACAUCAUAUUGAAAAAACCUUGAGCAUCUUUGAACAUCCAGGGACCAACUUUAUUUCACAACUAUCAGAGACUGAACAUAAAGAAUUCAUAGAUCUCGUUAGACAAAUUAUCCUCGCAACAGACCUAAAGAGACAUUUCCAAGUUUUAUUGGAAGAGCAGACAAUGGCGAGUGAAGGUUAUAACAGAACUAACGCAAGACAUAGAGAAUUGUUACGAUCAGUCGUCAUCAGCUCGGCGGAUCUGAGUGAUCUGACAAAGGGUCGGAGAACUGCGAGAAAAUCUGCUAAACUAGUCAACAUGGAAUUUUUUGACCAAGGAGAUAAAGAAAAGGCGAUGGGACUAUUGCCUCUAAAAAUGAUGGAUAGAACACACACCAACAUAGCAGAAGAACAGGCUAAAUUCAUCUCCAGAGUGGUCAUGCCUGUUUAUCGGGUACUUGCAGCAUUGUGUCCUGAAGUCCAAGGUUGUAUAAAUAAAUUGGAAAACAAUUUACAGUUUUGGCAAAAUGCUAUGUCCUACUUUGAAGAGCAAUCAAACAGAAACCGAAGCCAGUUAGAAAUACUCGAAGAUGUUGAACUAGAUAAAAUCUCUCUCUUCAGAAAAAAUAAAGAACCCAGUGAUUAUGGUUCCUAGAAUUUGAGGCACCAAAACUAAGGGAACUCAAGUUUCUUGUCUCCAUCCACCAUCCCCCACCCUCAAACAAAAAGUAAAAUAGUGAGCAGUAUCAGUAUUUUUUUGCAUUAACAAUUAUGAUAAUCUUUCAGUGUGUAGGUGAAUUGACCAUG